UUUUCCAAUGGCCGUAACCGGAAGAGGUGGGUGUGCUGAUGCUGGCUAGCAAAGCAACACAAGUGACGUCGUCCUCCACCUGCCGACUACGACCAACUAUGGCUCCUCGGAACACCAACAGGGUUUUUGUGGUCGGCGUUGGGAUGACGAAGUUUGACAAGCCUGGAGCCCGUGGGGACUACGACUACCCUGACAUGGCCAAGGAAGCGGGUCAGAAGGCUCUGGCGGACGCAGGGAUCCCGUACUCGGCCAUAGAACAAGCCUGUGUGGGAUAUGUCUACGGGGACUCCACGUGUGGGCAGAGGGCCAUCUACCACAGCCUGGGCUUGAGCGGGAUCCCCAUCAUCAACGUCAACAACAACUGCUCCACGGGCUCCACCGCGCUCUUCUUGGCCCGCCAGCUGGUCCAGGGAGGUCUUGCAGAUUGUGUGCUGGCGCUUGGAUUUGAGAAGAUGGAGAGAGGCUCUUUGUCAUCGAAGUACAUGGACAGGACCAGUCCCAUGGACAAGCACAUGGAGGUGAUGAUAAACCGCUACGGCAUGGUGGCAGCUCCCCCGGCUGCGCAGAUGUUUGGCAACGCUGGCAGGGAGCACAUGGAGAAAUAUGGCACUAAGCCGGAGCACUUUGCCAAAAUUGCCUGGAAGAACCACAAACAUUCCACCAACAACCCUUACUCUCAGUUCCAGGAUGAGUACACUUUGGAGCAGGUGAUGAACUCCAGGAAGGUGUUUGAGUUCUUGACUCUGCUGCAGUGCUGCCCCACGUCGGACGGUGCCGGUGCUGCAGUUUUGGCCAGCGAGGACUUUGUCAGGCGUCACAGUCUGGAGAAGCAAGCAGUGGAGAUCCUGGCCCAGGAGAUGGUGACUGACCUGGCCUCCACCUUUGACCAGAACAGUUGCAUUAAGAUGGUGGGUUACGACAUGUCUCGGGUCGCCGCCAAAAAGUGUUUUGACGCUGCGGGGCUGACGCCGGACGACGUGAGCGUGGUGGAGCUGCACGACUGCUUCUCUGCCAACGAGCUCAUCACCUACGAGGCCCUUGGACUGUGCCCUGAAGGUAAAGGAGGUGAUCUGAUUGACAGAGGAGACAACACAUACGGCGGCAAGUUUGUGAUCAACCCCAGCGGUGGUCUGAUCUCCAAAGGACAUCCUUUAGGAGCCACUGGUCUGGCCCAGUGUGCUGAGCUGUGCUGGCAGCUGCGAGGUCAGGCUGGCAGGAGGCAGGUCCCUGGAGCCCAGGUGGCCCUGCAGCACAACAUUGGCCUGGGAGGAGCGGUGGUUGUCACUCUUUACAGGAUGGGCUUCUCACAGGAUGGCAGUGCACAGGUGAGUGCAGUACCCACAUCUGCAAGCCACAGCUUGGAGGCCUUUAAGGCGUACCCUGUCUUCCAAGAGAUUGAAAAACGUCUACAGGAGGAAGGAGAGCAGCUGGUCAAGAAGAUCGGAGGCGUUUUUGCCUUCCAAGUGAAGGAUGGCCCGGGUGGAAAGGAGGCCACUUGGUUUGUGGACGUGAAAAAUGGCAGCGGCUCCGUCGCCAAUCAAGCUGGUACCAAGGCUGACUGCACCCUCUCCAUGAGUGAUGAGGACCUUCUGCAGUUGAUGACCGGCAAGUUGAACCCACAGACGGCGUUCUUCAAAGGGAAGCUGAAGGUGACGGGCAACAUGGGUAUGGCCAUGAAGCUGCAGAGCCUUCAGAUCGCACCAGGAAGAUCUCGGCUGUGAUGACAUCACUUCCUCACCUUACCAUUGGACACUUCUUAUCCAGUUCCUGUGAGGCAAACAUGUCUUUUUUGGAACUGGAACCUGAUAGUUGCACCUCUGUUGUGCUUAAACCGUCUGAGAACACAAAUAAAACAUUGCAGUAAAUAAACUCUCUUCAAUUAAAAUGUUCAAUAUUU